AUGGGGAACUUCCUAAGGGCUGGCGGCGGCACCGACCCCGCCGGGACUGACCCCGCCGGCACCGACCCCGACCCCGCCGGGACUGACCCCGCCGGCACCGACCCCGACCCCGCGGGCACCGACGCCGCCGGGACUGACCCCGAUCCUGCAAGCACCGACCCCAUGGGCAUCAACCCUGCAGGCACCGAGCCCGAUGGGACCGACCCCAACCCCGCUGGCGCUGCUGAGGAGAAGCUGCUGCCGCCGCCGCGCGCGCAGAAGAAGGCCCCAGCAGGGAAAGGGCCUGGGGAUGCGGUGGAGCUGCCCGUGGUCCCCGCGAGUGGCAGGGGCACCGCUGCGCCCGUCGAGUGCCCCACGUGCCACAAAACCUUCCUCAGCAAGUACUACCUGAAGGUGCACAACAGGAAACACACCGGAGAAAAGCCAUUCAAGUGCUCCAAGUGCGGCAAAUGCUACUUCAGGAAAGAGAACCUGCUGGAGCACGAAGCCAGGAACUGCAUGAACCGAUCGGAGCAGGUUUUCACGUGCUCCGUCUGCCAGGAGGUGUUCAAGCGGCGAAUGGAGCUGCGGCUGCACAUGGUGUCGCACACGGGGGAAAUGCCGUACAAGUGCUCCUCCUGCGCGCAGCAGUUCAUGCAGAAGAAGGACCUGCAGAGCCACAUGAUAAAGCUGCACGGGGCGCCGAAACCGCAUGCGUGCUCAACCUGCUCCAAGUGCUUCCUGUCUCGGACAGAGCUGCGCCUGCACGAGGCCUUCAAGCACCGGGGAGAGAAGCUGUUUGUGUGCGAGGAGUGCGGGCACCGGGCCUCGAGCCGCAACGGCCUGCAGAUGCACAUCAAGGCCAAGCACAGGAACGAGCGGCCCUACGUGUGCGAGUUCUGCCAUCACGCCUUCACGCAGAAAGCCAACCUCAACAUGCACCUGCGCACGCACACGGGCGAGAAGCCCUUCCAGUGCCACCUCUGCGGCAAGACCUUCCGGACACAAGCGAGCCUGGACAAGCACAACCGGACGCACACCGGGGAGCGGCCCUUCAGCUGCGAGUUCUGCGAGCAGAGGUUCACGGAGAAGGGGCCGCUCCUGAGGCACAUCGCCAGCAGGCACCAGGAGGGGCGGCCCCACUUCUGCCAGAUCUGCGCCAAGACCUUCAAAGCUGUGGAGCAGCUGCGCGUGCACGUCCGCAGGCACAAGGGAGUGCGCAAGUUCGAGUGCAGCGAGUGCGGCUACAAGUUCACGCGGCAGGCCCACCUGAGGCGCCACAGGGAGAUCCACGACCGCGUGGAGAACUACAACCCGCGGCAGCGCAAGCUGCGCAACCUGGUCAUCGAGGACGAGAAGGCCGUGGGGGUGGCGCUGCAGCCGCCCCACAAGCUGCCCGGGGGCUCGGCCCACGGCGUUGGGGAGCCCCCGGCCCACGAGAUGCCCGUGCAGAGACUGUGCCCCAACGAGAGCUUCUCCCCGGCUGAGGUUGUGGAGCCAUCGCUGAUAAUAACGACGACGCUUCCUGCAGACUGUGCAACGUGACGGGGCCCUCGUGCCCGUCCUGCCUGCGAGGGCAGGGAGGCGCCAGCCUGCAGCAGCUCUGCCCCUUGCUUCUCUCCCGAGGGGCAAGGAGGCCUCUUCGCUCCUCCUCUACCAUCAGCAGCUUGCGGGAACCUUUCCAAUGAAGUUAAAGCAGGUAUCAAAUGAAGAAACAAUUACUGAGAAUUACAACUUGAGCUAAUUGCACAUACGCUGUGCAAGACUGGAUGUGACUGGUGACUCAUGUACCCAAUACUGUGAAUGCUGCUUUUCAGUAAGCUGUCACCUGUGACCAGAAGGCCGCAGGGAGGGAUGCAUCACCCGGGAUUGUUUUCAGAUUGCUCAGUUAGCUCUAAAUUUGAGUCUGGAAACUUGUGGUUAAAGGUGCUUUCCGGAAGACAGAGUCCCUCUGUCCUCUUCCUUAACCACUUGCUAAAAGGCCCAUUGCAUCACGCCACGCGUGCCUCCUCCUGCCUUGCGCGCGGGGCCUUUGCCACUUGUCCCCAUUGCCCUGUCAGUCCCUGUCUUCCCACAGCUGAAGUAACUCAGCUGCUGUCUAAGGGAAGACAUGGGGCCCUUUGUAAGGUGGGGGAUUUGUACGUGCAAGUAGCAUUUGUGUGAAAUAAGGAGUGAUGGUCACUGAGCGGAGACCCUGCGU